CCUCAGAUUCCUCAGGUCAGUUAUGCGUCCACAGCUCCGGAGCUCAGCGAUAACAACCGCUACGACUUCUUCUCGCGGGUGGUUCCUCCGGACUCGUACCAGGCUCAGGCCAUGUUGGACAUCGUCAAAGCUCUGGGCUGGAACUACGUGUCCACGCUGGCGUCCGAGGGGAACUACGGCGAGAGCGGCGUGGAAGCCUUCAUGCAGAUCUCCAGAGAGGCUGGUGGCGUUUGCAUCGCACAGUCGGUGAAGAUUCCUCGCGAGCCGACAGACGGGGAGUUCGAUAAAAUCAUCAAACGACUGAUGGAGACGAGCAACGCCAGAGGAGUCAUCAUCUUCGCUAACGAGGACGACAUCAGGCAGGUCCUUGAGGCGGCGAAGCGGGCUAAUUUAACGGGUCACUUCCUGUUCGUGGGGUCGGACAGCUGGGGGGCCAAAAGCUCCCCGGUCACAGAGCUGGAGGACGUGGCCGAAGGGGCGGUGACCAUCCUGCCAAAGCGAGCGUCCAUAGACGGAUUCGAUCAGUACUUUGUGACUCGUUCUCUGGAGAACAACCGCAGGAACAUCUGGUUCGCUGAGUUCUGGGAGGACGACUUCAGGUGUAAACUGACCCGACCUGGAAUCAAACUGGACCCAGAAAAGAAGAAAUGCACAGGCGAGGAGCGAAUCGGCCGGGACUCUCUGUACGAGCAGGAGGGGAAGGUUCAGUUUGUGAUCGACGCCGUGUACGCCGUGGCUCACGCUCUGCACAACAUGCAUCAGGAACUGUGUCCCGGCAGCUCAGGGGUCUGCGGGAACAUGGACCCUGUGGAGGGACGGUCGCUGCUCGACUACAUCAGAGCCGUCCACUUCAACGGAAGUGCUGGUACCAGCGUUUUGUUCAAUGAAAAUGGAGACGCUCCCGGUCGCUAUGACAUCUUCCAGUUCCAGAUGACCAAUCACAGUCACCCUGGUUACCACGUCAUCGGCCAAUGGACCAAUAACCUGCGACUAAACCUGGAGGAGAUGCAGUGGUCUGGGGGGGAUCAGUCUGUCCCAGAAUCCAUCUGUAGCUUUCCCUGUAAACCUGGAGAGAGGAAGAAGAUGGUGAAGGGCGUUCCCUGCUGCUGGCACUGUGAGCUGUGUGACGGUUACCAGUACCAGUUGGACGAGUUCAACUGUGAGACCUGUCCAUCAGACAUGCGUCCCACCAUAAACAGAACCGGCUGUCGUCCAACCCCGAUCAUAAAACUGGAGUGGAACUCGCCCUUCGCCCUGGUGCCCGCCUCUUUGGCCAUGCUGGGUAUCAUAGCAACCAGCGUCGUGGUGAUCACCUUCAUCCGCUUUAACGACACGCCUAUCGUCAGGGCCUCAGGGCGGGAGCUCAGCUACGUCCUGCUGACAGGGAUCUUUCUGAUCUACCUGAUCACCUUCCUGAUGAUCGCAGAACCAGGUGUGGUGGCGUGUGCGUUCCGCCGCCUCCUGCUGGGCCUGGGCAUGGCCAUCAGCUACUCCGCCAUGCUCACCAAAACCAACCGCAUCUACCGCAUCUUCGAGCAGGGCAAGAGGUCGGUGACUCCGCCCAAGUUCAUCAGCCCCACCUCCCAGCUGGUCAUCACCUUCAUCCUGAUCUCGGUCCAGGUCCUCGGGGUCUUCGUGUGGUUCGCCGUCGUCCCGCCUCAUACUAUCAUCGACUACGAGGAGCUCCGCCCCCCAAACCCUGACCUGGCCCGAGGAAUCCUGAAGUGUGACAUGUCGGACCUGUCCAUCAUCUGCUGCCUGAGCUACAGUAUCGUACUCAUGGUAACGUGUACAGUUUACGCAGUGAAGAGUCGCGGCGUCCCGGAGACGUUUAACGAGGCCAAACCGAUCGGAUUCACCAUGUACACAACCUGCAUCGUCUGGCUCGCCUUCGUACCCAUCUUCUUUGGUACCGCUCAGUCCACCGAGAAGAUGUUCAUCCAGACGGCCACCCUCACCGUCUCCAUGUCCCUCAGUGCGUCCGUCUCUUUGGGGAUGCUCUACAUGCCCAAAGUCUACGUCAUCAUCUUCCAUCCGGAGCAGAACGUCCAGAAGAGGAAGAGGAGUUUCAAGGCUGUUGCCCAGGCUGCCCGACUUUCCCAGAAAUCGUCCAAUGAGAAACAGAACGGAGAAACAAAGAUUGAACCUGACAGAUCGCAGUAACGCUGCAGCAGUAAUACCACAGUACUACUGCAGUAUUACUGUAGUAUUACUGCAGUAGUACUGCGGUAUUACUGCAGUACUACUGUGGUAUUACUGCAGUACUACUGUGGUAUUACUACAGUGUUCCUCUGCAGACCCACAGGUCUUUUCCCGACCAAUCCUUGUCCAGAGCUUGAUGACAUCAUCAUGCCCCGCCCCCUAAAGCACAUAAACACACACACAGAUACAACCGACCAACAGCGACACAGCCCGUGUUUGUAUUUAAUGAACUGAACUUUUAUUGUGAAAAUCAGGACUUUUGAUGAUCACAUGACAGAAGAAGGCGGAGCUUGUUUUUUUUUUUUUUUUUUUUACUCCAACCUAUCAGCAGUGACUGAAACCAAACUCCAUCAGCUGAUCACGAGGAGCAGAACCAGGUCCAGUCUGAGGACAAAGGCCGGAGGGGGCGGAGACUCACCUGUCGGACUCACCUGUCCACCUGAGGACAGGAAGUGGGACUCUGAGGACAGAGACGCGACAGGUGACCCCCAUUCUUUCAUCACAGCAGAAACAGAACAUUUCAUAGAACAGGUAACACGGUCCGUUUAUGUCAGUUCAAUCAUGUGACUCGACAUACGGACUCAUACAGGUGACGCUGGAACGUGAUUGGUCGGAGCGCCUGCAUUUCCUCGUUAGCUCCUCCUACUUCCGGGUGACACCUUUUUCCGUUUAAGCUAACCCGUCGUUAGCGUUGAAAUGUCAGUGUUUGGUGUUUGACGAACUGCUCCUCUGGUGUUUCAGGUGUUUCCAUCACCUGUCCUUCAGGUAGAGCCGGGCGAUUUCAAAGAUCCUCUAGAGCAGGGGUAGUUAACGAUGACGCUUCACCUGUGACAGGAACUGAUUCACUUCCUGUCUUCUGAGUGGGCGUGGCCAAAAGGGUUGAGAAUACUGAGUGGAUGAAUGAAAGCAGAUUAAUGAGUUCCAAAUGCAAUAAUAAUACAGUAAUAUUAUAUGUUUUAGCAGUAAAUCACUUUAUUUUAUCAUAAUUAUCAUUCAUUUUAUUUUCUCACUUAUUUUUUACCUAUUUUUAAAUCAGAUUCUUUUUCUAUAAUCUCAAACAAAGUCAGUUUUCUUUUCAGUUUUGUUCAGACGUUGUGUAUCUUAUGGAAAAUGAGUCCAGAAUUUACUUUGGCGACUCUAAGUUUAAGGAAUUGGUUGAAAAUCACUUCUCAUAUUGGAACUAAUGGGAUCUGCUGCCAGCCUCCUAAAGGGGCGGGGCCUAGGAGAGACCAUGUGACCCUGAAACAGGAAGUUAAUUGAUAUAUAGGCUUUAUAUCGUUUCUCAAUUUCAAGGAUUUAUUUACUUAAAGCUCCAUCAUCAGAUUUCAUUGGAGGAUGAUUAAUACCCAGGAUGCAUCUGUGGUUCCUUGAUGCUCAUUAACUACCCACAAUGCCCUGCAUGAGUCUUUUAAAAUGGCCACUAAAUUUAAAAAAAAAAAAAAAAAGUU